AUGCAGCAUGCUAGUUCUCCUGAUGGCUAUGUCCAAGCCAAAGUUUCUUCUGUGGCUGCUCAAUUGAUGAAAAGGGGUUGGUAA